GUCUUUGCUAGCUUUCUUUGCCAGGUCCAAAGAUGGCGCUCGUGGCCAUGCUCGAAAUGCAGCGUGAAGCUGCAGUUCUGCCAUCACUCAAGAUGGCUGCCCCCAUCAAGAUGACCGGGGUGUGCCGGGAAGAAAGGGGCAGCUGGACGGUCUGAGAUGGUCUAGCGUCGAACCAUGUGGAAGUUUCUGGGACUGGGGAACCAGAGGAUGAAGGGUGGCACCCGGGGUGGAUAGAGGGAGCAAUAGCUUCUUUCCCCAGGCUAACCCUCCCUCCUUGUCCUCUGGGCUAAAAUGGGGAACACAUUGGGCCUGGCACCGCUGGGAACUUUGCCCCGCCGGAGCCCCCGCCGAGAGGAACCUUUGCCCAACCCUGGGAGCUUUGAUGAGCUGCAUCGACUGUGCAAAGAUGUAUUCCCAGCACAGAUGGAGGGAGUGAAGCUCGUUGUCAACAAGGUGCUGAGCAGCCAUUUCCAGGUGGCUCACACAGUGCACAUGAGUGCCCUGGGUUUGCCAGGCUAUCACCUCCAUGCAGCCUACGCAGGGGACUGGCAGCUUAGCCCGACUGAGGUGUUCCCCACUGUGGUAGGGGAUAUGGACAGCAGUGGCAGCCUCAACGCCCAGGUCCUGCUUCUCUUGGCAGAGCGGCUGCGAGCUAAGGCUGUCUUCCAGACUCAACAGGCCAAGUUCCUGACAUGGCAGUUUGAUGGCGAGUAUCGGGGAGAUGACUACACCGCCACUCUGACCCUAGGAAAUCCUGACCUGAUUGGGGAGUCGGUGAUCAUGGUCGCUCACUUCCUGCAGAGCCUCACUCAUCGGCUGGUGCUGGGAGGAGAGCUGGUCUACCACCGGCGGCCGGGAGAAGAGGGGGCCAUCUUGACCCUGGCUGGGAAGUACUCAGCUCUCCACUGGGUGGCUACAUUGAAUGUGGGUUCAGGUGGGGCUCAUGCAAGUUAUUACCACAAAGCAAAUGAACAGGUGCAGGUUGGAGUGGAGUUUGAGGCAAACACAAGGCUCCAAGACACAACCUUCUCCUUUGGUUACCACCUGACCUUGCCCCAGGCCAACAUGGUGUUUAGAGGCUUGGUGGACAGUAACUGGUGUGUAGGUGCUGUGCUGCAGAAGAAGCUGCCCCCGCUGCCCGUCACCCUGGCCCUCGGAGCCUUCCUCAAUCACUGGCGCAACAGGUUCCACUGUGGCUUCAGUAUCACUGUGGGCUGAGCCUGACCCUGAGCUGGCCCCAUGACAGCUGGAACCUUUGGGGCAGGUGCCCUAUAGCUCAAGACAAGGCCCCUCUCCAGAGCCCACCUUGCUGGGCUGCCUCUCGAUGCCAGGAGCAGAGUGGGGCGGGAUCCAUGCCCUCCUCAGCACUGGGGCAGCUGAGGAGCCAGUGGUUUGAGGCUUUCCUCUUGGCCACCAGCUGCACUGUGAUAUUCCCCCUGCUCUUGUGGCUCUGGACUGAAGGAAGAAGGAUGAAGAGAAGUGUCCAACUGAAUCCCACCCUGCUCCGUUCUUCAUCUCCCUGCAGGUGAAAGCUUGUCACCCUUUCCUCUUCCAAGCAGCAACGUCUGCAUGGGAUUAG